UAGGGCAUGUGUGUGUGUGAGAGAAAGAGAGAAAAAGAGAGAGUGAGAGAGAGGCGUGGGGGAGGGGUGUUUAAGUGAUGUACACCUGCCGAUGAAAGACAAGCGGAGUCCCUUCCCUUCCUCCUGCUAAAGAUGUCGGCGAGGAGGAGAACCGAAGCCUUCGUCCCGGCUGAAGAGAGCGACCAGCUGCUGAUUCGGCCCUUAGGUGCUGGGCAAGAAGUAGGAAGAUCAUGUAUUGUUUUGGAAUUUAAAGGAAGGAAGAUAAUGCUUGACUGUGGAAUCCACCCUGGCUUAGAAGGAAUGGAUGCUCUUCCUUAUAUUGAUCUUAUAGAUCCAGCAGAAACUGAUCUCCUUCUGAUAAGUCAUUUCCAUUUGGAUCACUGUGGGGCAUUGCCAUGGUUUCUGCAAAAAACCAGCUUUAAAGGAAGAACUUUCAUGACCCAUGCUACAAAAGCAAUUUAUAGAUGGCUGCUCUCAGAUUAUGUCAAAGUCAGCAAUAUCUCUGCAGAUGAUAUGCUGUACACAGAAACCGACCUCGAAGAAAGCAUGGAGAAAAUUGAAACAAUAAACUUUCAUGAAGUAAAAGAAGUGGCUGGCAUCAAAUUCUGGUGUUACCAUGCUGGACAUGUUCUGGGAGCAGCCAUGUUUAUGAUUGAAAUAGCUGGAGUGAAGCUUUUAUACACUGGUGACUUCUCAAGACAGGAAGACAGGCAUUUGAUGGCAGCUGAGAUUCCCAAUAUUAAGCCUGAUAUUCUGAUCAUUGAAUCAACAUAUGGUACUCACAUCCAUGAGAAGCGGGAGGAGCGAGAGGCUCGAUUCUGUAACACUGUACACGAUAUUGUAAACAGGGGAGGACGAGGCCUCAUUCCUGUGUUUGCUUUGGGAAGAGCUCAAGAAUUGCUUUUGAUUUUGGAUGAAUACUGGCAAAAUCACCCUGAACUACAUGAGAUACCUAUAUACUACGCUUCUUCCCUGGCAAAGAAGUGCAUGGCAGUGUAUCAGACCUACGUCAAUGCCAUGAAUGAUAAAAUCCGCAAGCAAAUCAAUAUCAACAACCCGUUCGUAUUCAAGCACAUUAGUAAUCUGAAGAGCAUGGAUCAUUUUGACGACAUUGGUCCCAGUGUGGUAAUGGCGUCCCCUGGUAUGAUGCAGAGUGGCUUAUCUAGAGAAUUAUUUGAGAGCUGGUGCACUGACAAAAGAAAUGGAGUCAUCAUAGCAGGUUAUUGUGUGGAAGGAACACUUGCCAAGCAUAUCAUGUCUGAGCCUGAAGAAAUUACAACAAUGUCAGGACAGAAACUACCACUGAAGAUGUCUGUGGAUUACAUUUCUUUCUCUGCUCAUACAGAUUACCAGCAAACCAGCGAGUUUAUUCGGGCACUCAAGCCCCCCCACGUGAUAUUGGUGCAUGGUGAGCAGAAUGAAAUGGCCAGACUGAAAGCUGCCUUAAUACGUGAAUACGAAGAUAAUGAUGAAGUUCACAUAGAAGUCCACAAUCCUAGAAAUACUGAAGCUGUGACUCUAAACUUCAGAGGAGAAAAACUAGCCAAGGUAAUGGGUUCUCUAGCUGAUAAGAAACCAGAACAGGGACAGCGAGUUUCAGGAAUACUAGUUAAAAGAAACUUUAACUACCAUAUUCUUUCUCCUUGUGAUCUGUCUAAUUACACAGAUCUUGCCAUGAGCACUGUGACACAGACACAAGCUAUUCCGUACACAGGCACAUUCAGUCUGCUUCAUUACCAUCUGCAAAAAUUAACAGGUGACAUAAAAGAAAUAGAGGUCCAGGAUAAGCCAGCUUUGAAAGUUUUUAAAAACAUUACUGUGGUCCAAGAACCAGGCAUGGUGGUGCUUGAAUGGGUAGCAAAUCCUGCCAAUGAUAUGUAUGCAGAUACUGUAACAACAGUGAUUCUAGAAAUUCAAUCAAAUCCCAAAGUUCAUAAAGCGAUGAUGCGUAAAAUUCCAAAAAAAGAAGAAAUAGAAGAUUAUAACAAAAAAAUGGAAAUUAUGCUUCAGGACAUAUUUGGAGAAGACUGUGUAAGUUCAAAGAAGGAUAAUGUGCUCAGCAUCACUGUGGAUGGAAAAACAGCAAAUCUCUCCUUGGAUACAAGGACUGUUGAUCAUGAACCAGGAUGUGAAGAUGAUGAUGAAACUCUUCGGGAAAUGGUUGAGCUAGCUGCGCAGCGGCUUUAUGAUGCUAUCACUCCUAUACAAUAAACUAAUAGAUUUUGUAUAUA